AUGGAGCAUAUAUAUUUACCAGAACCAACAGAGAAUAUAUGGAAAAAAAGUGCUGAAGAAUUUGAAAAUAGAUGGGGAUUUCCCAAUUGCAUUGGCAGCGUGGACGGUAAACAUGUAACAAUCAAGAGACCUAACAACAGUGGCUCCAAUUACUGUGUCCCUGCACCUAGAUUUCUCCCUGGGCAAAAUGAAAUCUGCUCUUUGUGAUCUUCGCCAUCAUGGCCAUCUCCAGCUGCUCUGCAGAUCCAGAACCAAAAGCAAAACCCGGACUCCUUGCCGCCCCGGCCGCAGUUGUUACCGCCACCAGCCACCAGUCCUUCGUCAGAGGAUACUCUGCCCCUAUUGUGGCCGCC